AUGCCCAUAACGUUCUCUCAAUAUUUGACAAACCUUACCGAUGCCGUCUACCAGAAUAACGGUCCCAACUUGGCGUAUUUGCUAAGGCCGACCAGUCCGCACGGCAAGGACUUGCUUUGGUGUCAAAACUUAUUUUCAGAACUGGCGUUGAAACGGUCUGACCUGGCAAGAUAUGAAGGAUUUGUGGCGUCUCCAUGGGAUGAGAUCGCCAUUCAGUAUUUGUUAGUGUGCUGGAAUAUCGCGAAGAAGCGGUAUGGAGAAGCUUUCAAGGAAGAGUCUCAGCUCGUCUCGCUCUUCUACCGCUUCCUUCCAGAGAACAGAGGAUGGACACUGCCUGCAUUGUUCUCCAUCCUUAGGGAUCUACGCGAUUUGGCAUACGAUGCAGACCUACAUUCUGGAGGGCAUAAAACCGAUUGCAUGGAAGAGGCGGCGAGGAUAAUUACGAAGGCAUUUGGCUUGUGUAUGACUGAUAGGACAUCACCAUACGAAGAAUCGCGGAAAUGGGGAGUUUACUACGUCGUUGGCUUGGUGCUGAAGUGUUACUUCCGAGUCAAACGGAUAUCCCUUUCGAAGAACAUCCUGCGUGCACUCGAUGCCAACAACGACAUCCCCCCGUUACACCAGUAUCCCCGGUCGCAUCAGGUUACCUACCGAUAUUACAUCGGCAUGUUGAGCUUCCUUAACGAAGAUUUCGCUAAAGCGGAGCAAGAGCUUACUCUUGCCUUUUAUCACUGCCAUAACGGCUCUUACGCCAAUAAACAACGGAUAUUGACAUACCUCAUCCCUCUUCGCAUUCUGAAAGGACAUCUUCCGUCGCUGGAACUGCUCAGACGGUUCCCUGUUCUCGAUCAACUUUAUUCUCCAUUCAUCAAGGCCAUUCGUUCCGGCGACGUCCAAGCUUACGACAAGGCCCUUGAGCAGGGCGAACAGCGACUUCUCGAGCUUAACCUCUGGUUGACAUUGGAGAAAGCAAGGGAACUGAGCUUACGAGGUCUCUUCCGCAAAAUUUGGGUGGCAGUGGAGAAGACCACCAGAAUGCCCAUUGCAAUGUUCCACGCUGGGCUAAAGAUUUCAGGAAUUGAUGUUCCUGUUGAAGAAGCCGAGUGCUAUGUGGCGAACAUGAUCUACAGAGGCUUCAUCCGUGGCUACAUCAGCCACGAAAAGCAGAUGGUCGUCCUUGCGCAGAACAAUGCGUUCCCCAAGGUGGCGGAUUGCCCAAAUCCGUUUGCUCACAUUUGA